CUCCCGCUGGCUCUUCGUGACGUCAAGCACGCUGGUUUAGUGAUGGUUUUGUACUACUAGCAGCGAUGCUUCCACGGGUGAAACAAGACAGGUACUUUGGAGUCUUCUAAGAUCUUUUUAUCAGAUCGUUUAUCGGUUCAUUUGGUAGCUGAGGAUCAUGGAGCUUGCUGAACCAUCAGUCAGUGACCUAUUUCUUGCUAAAGGAGAUAUGCCUUUAGGUUUAAAUCAUGAAGCUCCUCCACAAACAGCGCUAGACCACACGGGACAUGCAGACGUCAGAGGCAUUACACUGCACUGCACCGGCCUUGGAGAGCAGAAAUUGGAAUUACCCAUCCCUUCAGAAGCAAUAAUAGAACCAAUAUCACCGGCGGAGGAAACGCUGGAAGAAAGUGCGCUUACAGUGACCAAUGAGGAGGAGACAGCUGGCAGUGGUGACCCCAAAGACUCUCAGCUUCAGUUAACUCUGUCUGCUGCUUCAUCUGACCCAGGCAUGUCCAAUGAAAUAAUAGCAGCCAACAGUUCAGUAUUAGACUCAAACCCUGCGGAGACCCCUAAUGAGUUCAUAGUCCACCCAGACCCCAGUGAAGCCCCAGUGAGUUCAGAGGUCACAACAACAUUAUAUCCAAACGCUCUUUUAGAAUCAAGUGCCCUUGAUAAAGAGGCGACUCGUGAAAGCGGCUUCCCUGCAGACUCUGCGUUGAACUCUCCGACUCCUAGAGAUGACGAAGGCUCCAAAGAGGACAAGGGUGCCAGAAAGAACAUUCCUACAAAGAAGGAUAGAAUGCAUCCACUGAAAAUGGACAUGUCCAAGCCCACUGUAAUCCCUCGUACAUCAUCUCAGCUGUCGCUGCAGUGCCUUGAGUGCCACAUCAUCUUCAGUGACAACAAGAGCAAGGAGCGGCACCUCAAAAUGAACCACCCUACUGAGUACGAGCAGUGCAUGCUUGGAGAUGCCUUCUUCGCGUGCUAUGUCUGCGACAGACACUUCACCUGCUCCACCGAGCUCAUGGCUCAUCAGCGUACGCACAAGGAGAAGCAGCCUUUCAAGUGCCCCAUCUGUGGAGAAGCCUUCAACCGAUCAUCUGAGCUCACGAACCAUAAGAAAAUCCACUUUGGCAAGCAUGGAUACACCUGUUCGGACUGUGGCAAACCCUGUAAAACUCUCACCUUGCUUAAAUACCACCAACGCAUCCACACUGGGGAAAGGCCAUAUGUUUGCAUACACAAAGAGUGUGGCAAGAGAUUCAGCAUGCCCAAGGCUCUUCAGAAACACCUGGAAGCACACGAGAACGGAGAUCCAGAGGGCACAGAAGACCCACCGAAAGGCACAAAGAAAAAGAGAAGUAAGGAUCCAUCCACAAAGAAAUUUGCAUGCUCACAGUGUGAAAAAUCCUUCAAGACAGCCAAAUCACAGCUUAAUCACAUUAAGACCAAGCACUCUCAGUGUAAAACCACCACUCCUUCCAAUACCACUCUGGCAGUACAAGAGUUGAAUGGAAAUUCACCUGCUUCAACUCAAUGUGCAGUAGUGCAACCACCUGUCCUACGCAUGGAAGCAAUUGGACCAACACCACAGCAAAUAAGCCCACUUGGAGCUGAACAAAUUAAAAGACUAAUAGAGAAAUUGGGAAAUGUCCAGAAAGUGAAUCAGCUAGUAAUACUGGGACUUGACCAGUUACCUUUUCAGACUCAAACUAUGGGAAUGCAACAGCCACAACACCGCAUACAGCCAUUGCACUUUAAUUUUACAGAACCAACAGUUCAACCAGUCAUAGUUCAUCAAACAAGUCCCCCGCCAUUGCAUGAGGGCACAAUGUUAUCUGGGACUGAGCAAACCACUUGCAAAGAGUCAUUAGAGGUCGGGGUGGCGGUUGAACAAGAGGAAAGUAUGGUUCAGGAAGAGACAGCUAUGGUUUCAUCAGUGAAUCCAGAAGAACAGGUGGCAGCUGUUGAAUCAGAUAUGGCAGAAGCACAGUUAAAGGAGGUUCAACUUGCAUUUGUGCCAGAACUGACAGAAAAGUCAGUCUCAACCCCUCCAUUGGAGGUGACUCAUAAACAUAGUGAUACAGCAGAAGAACAGAGUAUCCAAGUUGCUUCAGAUACUCACACUGUAGAGCGAAGAGAUGCGCCAUCUUUGAUUUCAACAAAUGAUUCCAAAAGCACACAGUUUCAAACAAUUGAAGAGGAACAUAUGCCAGUGCUAACAGACAUCAUGGCUGCAGAAGAGACCAUCACCCAUGAAGAGUCCAUGGAGAAAAAGCCUGAUGACUUGGUAGUAGAAACAGAGCCCCUAACUGAGCCGAUGAGUGUUGUUACCUCUGAUAAUAGUCAAAACCUUGAAGGAAAGUCAGAAGAGUCUGCAAAAGGUCUACUGUCAGAGCAGCCCAAAUCACCAAUUUCACAGCAUUCUCCCAACAAUGAGGAGCAAGAUCGAGAAAUCUCCCAUUUUGAACAGGAACCCAGUAAUGAAACAGUUUUACAACCAAGCACAGUGGAAACAAGAGAACAUAAUCUAUCAGAUGCUAAAAGUGACCUCCAUAUUAAGAAGAUACUGCCAAUGAAGAAGAAAAGAUCUAAAAAGCAAGUAACUCAUAGGUCACAGCACCUGGAAGCUCAAGAUAAAGUUGCAAAAAACUCUUUACAGAUAGCACGUGCUCAGAAAACUAACACUCCGCCAAAGUCAGCACCAAAAAAAAGAGAGAAAGCAAAGAGCAAGAAACUUGUACGUUUGGGAGAAAAUAAGGAAAAGCGUCCAAAGCAGCAGAUGUUACAAAUGUCUAAGACUAGCCCAUUGAAAGAUCAACAAGUUGCAGAUGGUAACGUGCCGGUUUCAUCACAAAUUGACAGUGCGCCACUGUUGAAACAGAAAAAUCAGAAACUUAAAAAAGCAAAGACAGCUGAAAAUUCAUCCAGAGUCAUUAAGGCCUGCAAUCCACCCAAUGAACCAAAGGUAACAAACAUGCCCGAGCAAAAACCACGAGGGAAAGCUCAGAAGAGAAAACAAAAAGAUUUGGCUGAUAAAGGAAAAGCUCAGGAGACACAGCAAGAUGAAACACCUUUGCCGAAGAAAAAAAAGCAAAGCAAGUCAUCGGAAGUGGUGUCUCAAAAGAAAGCGAAGGUGAAAAAUGGCCGCCAGUUAGCAAAACAAGGAGAGAAGGAGCAAAAAAGUCCUUCUCAAGCCUCAAGUCAAGAUCAAAUUAAGCAGCAAGCCUUGCUCUUAUUGAAAGGUCACAAGCAGCCACAGCUAAAAGUGCACAAGCUGGAUGCCAAGGCCACAGGUUUAGAGCAGCCAUUAAAAGCUAAAUGCCAAACCAAGGAAAUUCAUGACCAGGAUGUUACAGUGGUGAAGGCAAAGGGAGGUGCUAAGAAUAAGGCACUGAAAACGGCAAACCAAAAGAAAAAGAAGACAAAAGCCAAGAUAAAGGAGUCAAAAGAGGAUCGGAGGGAUUUCUCUCGUUUCCAAAAGGACAGUAGUCUCAGUUCUGUGCUCUCGGGCACAAAGCCAAAAGUUCCACGGAAGCGCAAAGCUACUACAAAAAUUGAUCAGGAAAUUGCACUAAGCCCACCAUUUUCUCGACUCGUGAUCGGAUGCCAUGAUUGUGGGAAGAUGUUCUCAGAGGUGUCUGCUUUGCAGGAGCACAUGGCUUCAAUGCACUCUGAAAGUGGACUCCUGCACUCUAAUGUAACCUGUGAUGUUUCUAAUAGUACAAUAAUGAGUGCAAGAUCAAAUGAAGUAAUCCUUGCAAAUGAGGUUCACUCAGGCAACUUUGAAAUACAGGUAUCUGCAGAUUGGGAUGUGGAAACUGAGAUGCGAGAGAUUGGUUUGGGGGACAGAGAUGUACAUAGACUGUCAUUCCCAGCCCUCAGUUCUUCUCCUUCUUUCCCAAUGACAUCAACCAUUGUCGAAGGAGAGGGCAAACUUGAGGACAGACUUGAUCAUGGCACCCAUGCUGGACAUUUUGAGACACUUGGCCAAAGUUAUACAGAAGUUGGUCAACGUUUUGCACAGGUGUUGUCAACAGAGCCUGACACAUGCGACAUUCAAAUAAAUGACAAGAAGUCCGCAGAAGUGGAGACUAUUGAACUGGGUUUGGUUCAGGGAAGCUCAGUUUCCGAUCCUCAGGAAACCAUGGACAUUAAAGAGGAGUUGCCUUCAGAUGUGAAUUUAGUCAUGGUUAAGGACCAGAGUGAAGAAGAUGACCAUGUUCCUGCUCAGGCUGAUGAUUCCCAAGAGGCCUCAGGUCGACAGGAAGAUGAAUCGGGCCACAGUGAACUAAGCCUCAGCGCUACACCAUCUCAGAGAAAGCUGCCUGUGGAAAACAUGGAUCCAACAUCUGCUCAGGAUGCCCACUUAACAGAACAAUCUGAGAUUAAGCAGGAGGAAGAGGAGAUGCUCGUUCAGAGAGAAGAGAACCAACCGAAAGUGUCCAUGAGAAGAAGUAGAAAAGGACGAGGUGGCAGAGGUAGGGGAAAGAAACAGCUCGGAAAAAGAAGCAUUGCUGAAAACCGAGGUACGAAAGAGCCAGAGACAGAUAAAGAAGAAUGCCAGGUUGUCUUCCAGCUUUAUUCACUCAAAGAUGACUGUGAGGAAAAGAAUGUAGAAAAGGAAGUUAGUGAUGCCGCUCAAGCUCAUGCCCAGUUGGCCUUAGACGAAUCCCCUGAAGAUCAGGUUGUUUUUGAGUUGCAGCCUGUUCCCUCCAGGAUCGCAGAGGAUUCACUGGUUCAAAAGUCUGGACAGCAAGUCAAGAAUGGGGCUUCAUCAGGAGUGGUCCUAGAAAAUUUCCAGACAUCUCAGGGCCGAACAAGAAGGCAGGUCAAUCCACAACCAGAAGAAGGACUAACCUCUACUGGCACCUCUACUGAUGUGAAAAUGGCAGCCAGUACUUCAGUUCAAGCAUCCCGUGGUGUCCAUCCUAGUGAGAGAGGUUUAUUGCAAGAUAUCCAGGUGUUUCUGGUAAAAGCUGAGGAUCAUGAAACCCAUGUUUUACAGGGAAACCAGAAUAUGCAAACUCAUCACACUACAUGCCUAGAUGGGACUCCCUCCGGCUCCUCGGGAGUGCCUCAGUCUGCUGGCAAGCAAUGCAUUUUCUACCCUGUCAAGGAGGAAGAGGGAGAGAUACUUGUGGAGCCUCCACUUAACAAGCAAGGGGAUACGUCUGGAUUAGAUGCAUGCGAGGAAGUCAGCGUGGGAUGCACACAAAUGGAAAUGCAUCAUACUUUGUACUCCAGCGCUGAAGAGGGUGAUGUUGGCACUGAGCAACAGAGUGCCCAAGGCUUUCUGGAAUUCCUUUCCCAGAGUUCAGACACAGAGGACGGUGAUAACUUUCAGUCGGAGCCAGAAGCCGAAACUCACAUUAUGUCCUGUUACCAUGGUAUCCGCACCAAAAGAGCAGUACAGGUUGAAUUGAUCAGAGGUCAUUCUCAAGAAGAACACCAAGAGGAAGGUAGAAAAGAGAAUUGGAAGCCUAUUGACUACUUCAUUCGGUAUUUUAGCUGGGAUACAUGGAAGGAAAUUGCAGCAUGCACAGAAGUGUCAAAACUGUCGAAGCCUAUUACUGAUAAGGAGGUGGCCCAGUUUGUAGGGAUCCAUAUUGCAAUGGGCACCCUAAAGUUUCCGAGUAUGAAGCUGUACUGGGAGGACUGCACUCGAGUGCCGCUGAUUGCUGAUGCCAUGUCGGCUUCCAGGUUCUCUGAACUCGCUCAUAAAAUGAGGUUGGCAAGUCCAACAGGAGAUCCCAGACACGCAAACGGGGAUGAAGAAAGUGGUCAAAAAAGCACAGAUGCCGGUGUUGAAACACCAAGACAGAUGCCUGCGGCAGGUGAAAAGUCUAAACUGUUUAUGGUCUCUCAGUUGGGCGGGUGCCAGAAUACACAGAACAGCACAGACCUUUCAGUGUCAAAGACUGAGCCUCUGUGGAAAAUUCAGGCAAUAGUGAACCGUGUCCGAGAAGGGUGUCGAGCGCUUGAAAGACAUGGGAACCAUGGAGUUGACCAGUACCCCCUUCUGUUUCAGAGACACCCAACUCAUUCAUUACAUCACACCGUCAUGAUAAGUGUUAGCGGCCUGGUCAUGGACUUCAACUUGCGUAUAAACGACUCCAACAGAGAGGAAGUGGUUGAGAAAAUGGUUUCACGGGAAAAGGGCGAUAAUCAAGGGAUGAUCUUCCUUUGCAAACCAGAACUAUCAACACCUUCCAUGUUGGAGCAUCUGCUAGAGGUAGGAGUGCGCAGUGCAGGCAAGGUUGGUGGUGCGAGGGGGCAAGUAGGCGAUGAGUUUAUGACCCCCGAUGGGAAGCUGAAGCUGUUCCGAUGCCAUCAUGGCUUCAUCUUGUCUGCAGUAACGAAGGAAAAGUCCCGCUCGACAUCUCUCGUCAGCGGCUUUGAGCGGGCGAUCAAGGCGGCAAACCUAAACAGAGAUUUGAGAAGCCUUUAUCGCACACCAUGCACAAGUCCAUCACCAGGUGCCUGGCCACUGUCUGUACUUUGGGACCUUAUUGAUCUGGCUUUAGUUAACUCCUGGCUACAGUACAAGCAAGAUCACAACCACGUUCCUGAGCCACUGUCACUCAUGGCUUUCCGGCUGGAAAUAUCCAAGGCUUUAAUCCUGCCCAACAGUACCGCUGCUCAAGAAUCAGUUCCAUAUCCCCCAGCUCCAAAACGGCCCAGCCCGAAUACAAGUGCGGGCCCUUCUAAUGACUUUGAGACUCCUUUGCCUGAUGCUGACACGCGGUAUGACGGUUUGGGCCACUGGCCGGAGCAGCUUGCCGAAGGAGAAGAAGCCAGGUGUAGAUUUGGAGGUUGCGAGCGAACGUCCCGCGUUCGAUGUCUCAAAUGUUGCGUGUUCCUUUGCAUUUCACGCAAUCACAACUGCUUCCUGAAGUUUCACAGCCAGGGGACUGCUUGAAGUAUAUUAACUUACUGUGAUCGUACGCUCUCUUAAACCUGUUUUGUUUACUUAUUUAUCAUAGUCAUCAGUUUAGUUAUUGCUUGACGUAGAAGCGCUGUCCGACAGUGUUCCCUUUUUUGGUCUGUUCUGCUUUUGGUACUACCUGUUCCAGUUCCUUUGCUUAUGCCCACAAUAUGUGCAUAACUGCAGUUUUGUAAAAACAUAGUUGUAAUUGUACAUUAUGAUGUUCCGUGAUCAGAUGUCUUGCCAGUGAGUAUUUAUAGGUGCGAUUUGUCCUAAUUAUCAAUUGUCAGAAUGUCUUUUUUUGUAAGUACUUGUAAUUGCUAAGUAAAUGGCAAGGAUAACUUGCUGUUGUUUUGAUUGUUGUUUGUGUGUUUAUUUUAGUUACGUGGACCAAAGGUUCCGUUAUUUAAAUAAUUUCCCAUUAAAA